AUGGAGAAGUUAAAUGUAAAGAAGUCUGAGCCACUCAUGGUGGCUCCCUUUCUACCAUCACCCAAAGCUAUCCUUUCUCUCUCCUCCAUUGACAACCUAUUUAGAGGAACCAGUUUCAAUUCCUUGUUAGUCUAUAAUGCCCACCACAGUAUUUCAGAAGAUCCUCUCAAUAUAAUUCAAAAGGCUCUGUCUAAGGUGUUGGUGUAUUAUUUUCCUUUUGCUGGGCGGCUCACAAGUACGGUAAAUGGGGAGCUCCAAGUGGAGUGCACAGGGGAAGGUGUUCUCUUUGUGGAAGCCAUGGCGGAUAACAAUCUCACUUUCCUCAGAGAUUUCGACCAUGUCUAUUCCUCAUUCCAACAGCUACUUUUACCGCUUCCACUUGGUACUAACGAUGUUCAGAAGUCCCAUCUUCUGAUUGUUCAGGUGACUCGAUUUAUAUGUGGGGAUUUCGUUGUGGGAGUGAAUUUCCAUCAUAGUAUAUGUGAUGGACAAGGAGCAGGUCACUUUCUUCAAGGCCUUGGACAAAUGGCAAGGGGAGAAUUUAAGCUCUCUAUAGAACCAAUAUGGAAUAGAGGGUUAUUGAAAGCAGAAGAGCUUAUACACCUCAACUUUUACAAUUUGAAUUCAACUAUGGAGAGUGCAUGCAAACCAAACUCACCUCCAAUAGUGGAGAAGUUGGUUCAAACAUCUUUUGCAUUGGCUUGGCAAGCAAACACAAAGGCUCUUCAAAUUCCAUAUAAUCAAAAUGUCAUGCUUCGAUUUGUAGUGGAUAUGAGUAGAUCAAUUAAUCCUCAACUUCCACAAGGAUACUAUGGGAAUACCAUGGGUAGGGCAAUUGUAGAAGAUACUAUGCAGGAUCUCAUAAAUGGACCUCUUUUGCGGGUUGUAAAAAUGAUAAAGAAGUCAAAAUUGUCACUAUAUGAAACAUAUUUGAUGCCAAGAAAGACUUGCCCACCUACAGUAAAUGGCCAUAAACAUGAAAAUGUACUUUAA